AUGCCCAUCUGGAUGCCCAUCCUCAACUACCACAACCACCACCACAACCACCACCACAACCUCGGAAAGCACAACGACAACCACUACUACGUCACCUACAACGACUACGGAGACAAGUACAACGACUACUACGUCGCCUACAACUACAACGACGACAACAACUUCACUGUCAACUACUACCACUACUUCGCCCACAACUACAACUACAACUACUACAACCACCUCACCAACCACGACAACAACCACCACAUCAACUACAACUACUUCAUUCUCUACCACAACAACCACCUCACCCACAACUACCACUACCACUACCACUACCACAACAACAACGACUCAAGCAAUCUGUCCAACCGGCGGAAGCCCCUGUGGCCAACAAUGUUGUACAAACGGCUCAACAUGCGACCCCACCACACUUCUCUGUACCUGCUCAGCCAGUACCCAGUGCAACCCGAACCACACCUGUCUCGCAGGAGAAUGUUGUCCCAAUAG